CCACCUUCACCCCGCCCCCCACAUGAAUAUAUACUCUCAGCCCUGUCCUUACAAUGUGGUGUUCUCUCAACUUGGAGAGCCAGCAUGUACUUCUCCAAAGCUAGAUCAGCAUGGAGCUCAGUGUUUCACAGGUUUAGGUGCUCCUAGGUUUGACCCACAUGCCACACCUCUGGUUAUCAGUGUGACCCUAGGUAGUCUGUGUCUCCAUCUUCCACCUGGGACCUGUGGACAGUGCGCCUCUAGUACCCCCUCUACCAGCUUGGUGGCCCCCAGCUCCGUGUGUUCCGAACCAACUUCUUCAUCCAGCUGGUGCGGCCUGGUACUGCCCAGCCUGAAGACACUGUGCAAUUCCGGAUCCCCAUGGAGUAAGAUGACCAGGGUGGACCUCCGGAAUUACCUUGAGCAAAUUUACAAUGUCCCUGUGGCUGCUGUGCGCACGCGGGUGCAACAUGGCUCCAACAGGAGAAGGGAUCACAAGAGUGUAAGGAUCAAGAAGCCAGACUACAAAGUAGCCUACGUGCAGCUGGCCCAUGGGCAGACCUUCACCUUCCCAGAUCUUUUUCCAGAGAAAGAGCCCAGUCCUGCAGACCCUCUGGAAGAGGAGCCUCAGCAGCAGAGGCAGAGCAGCGACCCCCGGUGCCCUGGUAUCCCUUCUUGGUUUGGCCUAUGACCUGUGCUAACAGGGACUGGGCCACAGACCUAGUGAGCACUAUAGUUCUGACAAACUCAAAUAAAAAUCCUUCAUGGAGAAAGA